UCGGGGCUCGCAUUGAUUUUUCCGUGAAUCCGUGCGAGGAUUUUGCCUCGCGUAGUGUCGAGUUUUUCCUUAUCCUUUUUUGUCGUUGUGCAAAAUGGAAGGAUCGUCUGGUGCAAUAGUGCAAACGUUCGUGAUGAAGUGCAGGUGAACUGCGUUGCUGCAUCACGAUGGCGUAAAUAGCGGAAGAAUCAUCACAAAGAAUCGCAUCGUGCUCAAUCGAGUGUGUCACGGUUUCCUCGGUCGGUCGGUAGCGGUGCAAAUCGAUCGAUUUUUACGUUUCGCGUACCCGUAGCUGUGAGGACGAAAAUGAAAUGAUACUCCUGUAGCUGCUGGACCAUCUUGUGCGUUGCAACAAUAUCGUGGACCGCACAUAGGACGAUUGAGCGAGCCGCGGGGAAAAGAAACGAAAAACGAUGGAUGUCGCAGCGAUUCAGCGGACGGCGGAGCUGUGUGCAGCCGAGUUUCCUCACAAUCUCAACAACAAUAAUAAUGGUGGGUCAGCGAUGGCGACGGCGGCCACUGCUGGUGAAUGUGGGUUCGAGAAGGGUAAACCACUCCCGUGUGAGGUGGCCAAUGAGGCCAAUUCACAGCAGCAGCAAGCAACCAAAAUGAGCUCAAGUGUGGCCAGCAUCCUGGAUGAUACGACACCGAGCGAUUCCGGAGUGCAGCUGCUGGAUUCAGAAUCUAGUGGAUUGAACGAAUCCAUGAUCUCCAGUGCCGGUGGCUUUGAGUUUGAUGUAGGCGGAACUCCUCCACUCGCGCCACCAUCAGCCGUGACGGGAAAGGAUAAGGUGGAGCAGGACGAAGGCUUCAACAACAACAAUAAUAAUAAUAACAAUUGCGAGCGACCAAUGGAUGUUGAGGCGACCGAGAUUCAGCUUAUAGAUGCUGACGAACUGGCCGCAGUGGGAGGGAAAUUUGCGGAAAUCACUCUAAACCCAACCGCCCAGGACGCAGAGGAAGUGGGUGAGGGAGUUGAAAUCGAUCCGGCUAUGACGGCGAGUCAGCUUCCGGAUGAGCUCAUUUCCAGCACCUGCUCGACGUUCGACAGCGAAAACAUCGUGUACAGGCGAAGAAUCAAGAAGGCACCGGUCAGCAAGACGCCUAAAAAGCGUGUCUCGUUUCACGAGGACAUUCUGAAGAACACGAAAACGGACAACAUUCAUAUCGAGCACGGAUUCAUCACAUACAAGACGGGUGGCUCGGGGAAGAAGGGAGCGAAGGGUGGUGGCCGUUACUCUUGGUGCACGGAUCGUGAUGAUGGUGGUGGUGGCGCGCGCGGUGAUAGUCGGGCCGGGUUCGAUGAUUACGCUGAUGAGGAGGCGUGCGAAGGCCGACAGUAUGUGUACCGCAACGCUUGCUCCGAUGUGCUCGAUUACGGCAAGACAGACGUGUUCGAGAAUGUGGAGGACGAGCGCAACUACGUCAAGUACGACAAUUCCGGUGUGUUCGAGUAUGGACCACCGGAGCGCAAACUGCGGUCUACGGAUGGCUACAAUCUGUACAAGUGCAGCUGUUCCGAUUCCAACUCAAGUCUCGAUUCGGGCGAGGGUAACACGGCCACUGAUCAACGCUCUAACUAUCGUCAGGCUAAAUCAAACAGCUGCGAAUGCAUAGGCUCAACGACUGGAGGAACUGGUGGUAGCGUAGGGCAGACACAACGGGGAGGUUCCGCUAGACACCUCAACAGCAGCAACAACAAUAAUAACGUAAUAUCGGACAACUGCUACUACAGUGAACCCAGCAUUGAGCAUCUGGAUGAGUUUAAUGGUAACGUCAUGCGAGAUGGAAACGCAGAAGGCUGUGCCAGCGGUGCAACGGAUCAGCAGCAAUUCGUCAAAUCGGUCUGGAGCAAGGAGAAGAAACCGAAAAGCAGCUGUCUGAAAAAGACGAAGCGUAACAGUAUCUACACGAACGUGGUAGUACCGGAGUACGAUCUGAAUCGCAAGGUGAAGAAAUUCAACGUACACCAGCGCCUCUCUGUGAUUGACAAUAGUCGCAUGAUAUUCGGUUCACUGAAGGAUAUCUUCGGUAUAACGCUUCCCGAACGUGGUGUACCGGAAGGGUCGGAGGAUCUGUCGUCGGUGCGCGAGUGCAUACCGGAGACGCACGAUGAUCAACUGACGGUGGAUGGCGAUUUUACCGUGGUGCAAAAACCGAAAUCCUUCCUAUCGAAAAGCCUCGACGGUGGCUUUAAUGCGCAGAGUGGUGGCACUGGCAGUGGCCAAGGUCGAACAAGCGGAGCGAAGAAGUACGUGCACAACGUGGACGAGCAACUGCGCCGUAAGAAUGAUGCUGAUCUGUACGCUCCGAGUCGGAAGAACAGUGUGGAAGAUGAACAGUACCCAUCGGAUGGACAUGGUACCACGACAGCGACUAGAGCCAUCACGGCGAUUGAUGUUCCACUGCCGGGUCCGGAAUCGAAUGAUGUGACUUCACAUCAACUGCCGGUACAAGUGCUACAAUCGGUAGCCGGUGGUGGUACGAUGACCAGUGCUUAUCGCAACAAAUUCAUUAUUAACGGUGAAAGCACAGUCUUCGAGCAUACCGGGGUAUGCUAUACCUUUGAGGACGAGCAAAGGCUAUCUCGUGGCAUUGGUGGUCCGGAAGAUGAUGAAACCAAGGAUUUACCGGUCGGUGAGACGACCGGUGGAUCUUUUAUAGGCAAAACACAAAUCAAGAAAAAGUUAUCGACCAUUUUCCAGAAGAUGAAUGUUAUCGGCAGCUCGGCGGCCUCAGCACCAUCCCGUUCCGGUGGUGAUGGUGAUACCGAGGCAUCCGAACAAUCGCAGGCCGGCCCGAUGAUGCAACGAGAGACGCAAGGAACUGAAUCAUCAGAUAAAGCAAUCACUACAAACGUUAUGGAAAGUAGCGUGAUUUCGUCGUGCGGUAGCGAUCAUUCGGAUCAUUCGACGGUAUCGAGUAAAGUAUCGGGUAGCACUGGCACAAGCGGUGGCAGUCGGCCUGUGGACGAUAGUGGCAUGGUGCUACACUCACCAAGAAGCUCCACCGUAAGCGGAAUGCAAUCUCAACCGUCUAGCCGACAUCUGUCGUCGCCGCUACGUAAAAAAUCGCUGACAACGAUGCGCAUGGAACCAUCACGACUAAGAAUGAGUCCCGAUCUUUUCAAUGUGGGUGCCGGUUCCUCUGCACGCCAUUUAGGUACCCUCGAUCGUCAGCUGGUGGAAGAGUUCGAUGAUAUUCUGACAGUCACGACGGCUGUAGCAGAAGAACAACGACAACCAAAGGAAGAUGAAACGAUGGCCUCAGUAGAAGGCACUACCGAAAAGGACGAUCUCGUGAUUGUCGAUUAUCCUUCGAUCUCCGGUACCUCAUCCAGUACAGUCCAAUCUCCGGUAACACCACGCAGCAGCUCCGAAGUAUUCGACGAACCGUUGCUAGAGUUACAGUCAAAGCCACCGAGCAACGGAACAUUAACCACUACCAGCGGUGGCUCUGCCGGUGGACACUACUCCCAUCCACCACGACAAACCCAUCAUAGGGGGCGCUAUAAUCAACACGGGCACAACGCGAUGACCUCGUCUACGAGCAGUUCCACCUCGACUGCCUCGAAGAGUUCGCUGAUUAAUCGCUUUCUGCGCAACGUGACACAGAAGAAGAUCCUGGAGGCGACGAUUAAACAGAAUCCCUUCUUCCAAUCGAAACUGAACGGUGAGCGCAAACUGUUUGACAAUCUGGUUCCACGUGGCGUUAAACCGGUCAACCGGGAACUCAUCGAGGAUCUGAACGCUGAAAUUGCGAUGGAAAUCGAACUGUCCGUAUCCGGUUGUCAGUUGGAUCGGGUGCAGCUGAAUGAUACAUACGCUCAAUCCGCUACCGCACAUUGUCCGUUGGCGCUCGGUGGGGUGAAGUUUGAUGGUGGUGGCAUAGGUGUCGGCGAGUUACCAGUGGAGUUGUUCUCGUCUGGUGGUCAGCGUAGGUUAUCGAUCUACCGGAACGAUAAUGAGGUGCUAAUGAAGGUAUUCAAACUGUUCAACGGCUACAGUCGCGAAGGAUACAUGACACCGGUGUUGGUCUUCCUGACCGAUCGUACGCUCUACGUGACGGAUCAGGUCCGGAAUCGAUUGUGUAAUAAGUUUGUACUACCGUACGCCGAGCUUGAUGUCAUUUUGGUCGGCCCGUACGGCAAUACGGUGUUGUUGAGUAACUCUGCUCGCGAUAUGCAGCAGGUUCUGCUGGCCGGUGGUCCUUACCCGGCCGAGGGUUUGGUAUCGAGUCUGGAACUGUGUGCCCGUCGGGGCGGCUCCGUGCUACCGGCUGUCGGACAGCUAACACUCGAUCAUUUGGCACCGCUGCAGGCAUUCGUGCGCGAUCAUUCGAGCGUGAACAGGGAAGACUCCUGGAAGUACUACGCGGUGGUGAACGUACCGGCUGGUACGCUCGGUACUGACGAGACACCGCUUGGACCGCACAUCAAAGGACCGCUGAUGCAUCGACGGAUGUCACACGCCGGAUUCGUGGAUAACUGGUCGGCCGGGUACUUUCUGCUAAAGGCUGGGGUACUGUACCUAUUUGGGGAUGCAUCUCAGAAGUUGCCCACGUGGGCCGUCGCUUUGGCUGAAUGCCAGGGUGCACGUCGAUCUGUAAGUUCUGGACGUCCUUACUGUUUUGAGCUGUUGCUACGUACCGGAGCCCUUCAACUUGCCGCCCCCGAUGAGUACGUGGCCUCAGAUUGGCUACAAGCACUGGUGCAGGCUGCCAGCGGGCUGUUUGAGGUACAGGAACGUCGCCGUACGCUCGGGUGUACGCUCAUCAUGACCUCGAAUCAUAUGUUAACGCUACGAGAGGACUUCAGUGCACCGCUUAGGCGUAGUACGGCGUGCAACAGUACAGCAGACAUAACUAACCCAACGUACACUACGCAAUCGCCGGUCACUACAUCACCUUCCAAAGAGAACGUCAAUCCUAACGUUCAGCGUAAGGGCAGCAAUGUGUCUAGUAACAAUGGUGCUGGUUUGCUACAGGAUAAUAGCAGCGAGAUAAGUUCGGUUCGGUCUAACAGCAGCACACCGACACGCAACUCGAACAAUGCGCAGCUAGGCGGUGUCGAUCGGCGGUCGAACUGUUCUUCCACAAGCACACCAACCAGGGCCAGCAUGCUGAUGCAGCAAACGAAUACAUCGCCCGCAAGAAGCAAUCUUUCACGAACCAUGACCGGUGCUCCAUCUCCAUCGGCGAUCGAGUAUGCGAGUGCCGGUGGGUUGCGCGAAGACAAAAGUUAUACUAACAUGAGUAGCUUCUACGGGAAAAAUUCCGGCGUCGAGGUGCUAACCUGUGCCAGUAUUGACGAGAUGGCGACCGUGAAGAUCCCUGCCGUUGCCUCCAACUGGUGGUGCAUCCUGGAAUUCGAAUGUCAGGAGGUAAGGGAGUGUUCGGACGAUUUGGUUGUGUUUUUCUCCACCAGCGCCGAACAGGCACGUUUCCUUUCAACUCUCGAGGCAAUAUGGCACGCUAAAAAGCGUGAACCGUUCCCUGCGACUAUUAUCAAUAGCGAGAACGUGGUGUACGACCAUUGUUCCAAACUGUUUUUGGAGAUUAAUCGUUCUUGGGAACCGCUUUUGUCUGCAGCACUAGGAUAUCCGCAAUAAGACACACCAGAUGGGCCCAUCAGGGCGUUCGUAACAUUGCGUUCUGUCGGUUUGUUAUUUGAGUUGAUAAUUCGCACUUUUUGAUGGGCCAAGCUGAGAACUACGGAAUGGAUUGAGUUUAUCAUGGAAAGCGUCACCUCACCCAUAGACACAUAUGCCUACAACAAUUUUGUACCCUUUUUGGUGAACGUUUGUCGUAUGUGUGUGUCAGGGAAAAUAAGAGAAUGGAAGGGAAAUGACAAGUAUUACUAGGUGUAUUAGAUAUCAAGCCGAGAAUGGCUAGUAAGGAUCAAUCAUGAAGGAACAGCUGAGAUUGCUGCUCAAAAAGUACGCGAUGCAACUCUGAAAGCGUUAUGUGUUUAAAACGAGGGAUGAAAACUUCGCCCGGUGCGAUAUUAAGCAGAUUUACGUAACUCGUACAGAUCAAUGGUAUCAUAGAUAUGCCUUAUCCCGCCUAAAAUUGCUUCAAUAUUUAAGCAUAUUUACGCAGCUGAUUGUAUACCCACUCAUGAAAGCACCAAACGCGCAUCUCAUUACUUAGAUUUCUUCCUAUUUGAAAUCAUUCGGUAUAAGGCAUCAUUUUCUGCACACAAAAGCAUCACUAUGCAAUGUGCAAGCAAUUCAGAUAAUACCGAUAUUUCCCUCUUAAAUCAUUGAUUUCGUGACAGUGAAUAUAUCUCAUCGUCAGUAAACUAUAGAUUAGAAAAUGUUUCUGGUCACCAGCGUUUGCAGUCGUAUCCAUCAUCUACUAUUAUUCUUGCCAGUCACCAUACUCUUACCAUUUAAAUUAGGCAAAUCUUUACCGUUACAAUCUCAUAAAAAAAUUAUAAAAUAUUAUCUCCCUAUCUGCUGCUAUAACACAUCGUAUGCCUUCCUGCUUAUUGCUUCUGUGUACCACCGUAGCCCAAGCUUAGCUUUGAAGAAGCAGAACAAGAAUAGGAGAAAGACAAGCUUGUGCAUAAAAAAACAAACAUAUACUCAAAAUGUGAUUAUAUCUCCUGUCCCGGUUCGAUCACGAUUGAUACCAAUCGUAAUUUAUAUGUGGCUGAUAUGUAUGUAUGUGUCUAAUUCUAAUUGAUACAGUGACCGGCAUAAGUAAAAGCCCACCCCUUGAUUUUUGUAGAUUUUUGACUAUAAAUCCUACAUUUUCUAUCGUAUCCAGCAAGUGUUGUGGUUUUCUUGAAGGUUUAACAUUCCUCUUUCAGUUUCACUAGCUUUCAUCUCGAUUGGAUCGAUAACAAAUUUUUGAUAAAUGUUUAAAUGAGAGAUGGUCGAUCACAGAUGUGACAAAAGUAAAAGCCCACCUACAAUGAAAUUUCCUUAACAAUUAAUAUGGUCCAUCCUUAGCUCGAAGUUUUAGUUACUGGUGUUUUGGCAUGACGUCUACACGAUUUCAGGUGUAUUGAGGUUCAAACUUGUUGAAUAACUUCCCAAAAAAUAAUUGUUUUGAUAAUAACAUAAUUCUUAAUGAAAUUUUUAUCUAAAAUUUCCCACAAAUUCUUGAUCCGUUAAAAAUUUUGGCUUUGAGGAGGCCAUUUGAGAAGGGGAGUGACACGGGAACAUUAAAAAAUAUUAGUUAUUUUAGCAGCAUGUUUAGGAUCACUGCCCAUUUGCAUAACAAAAGUGCUUUUAAAUGGGCUUAUUCGUACUGAGUCCAUCAAAUAGUUAUUAAGGGUGUCAACAUAAUUUUCGCCCGCCAUAAUACCAUCAUUUUCUUUAAAUUGUCCACAAGAGCCUUGGAAAAUCCACCCCGCAACUUCAUACUACCACCUCCGUGCUUGAUUAUGACCGGUACAUUACGUUCUUGCAAACCAUGGUUUAUUUUCCGCCAAUCUCUUUCGUGAUAGUUUAUAUUAAUUGUUUCCAUUUAUGAUUCGUCAGACUAUAAAACAUUGCUCUAGCCUUCUUUUAACUUGGUUACACAUUUCCGGGUGAAAUUCAAACGUUUACCCAUAUUUUUGGCUUAUAAACGGAAGACUUUUAGCAUACGCGCUCUUGUACUCAUGUAGAGCUAUUCUAAUGAGGCAUAGUUUGCUCCAAAAUAGACAGCGACAGGGUUUUCAUAAUGGAACAGAUAGUUAAUUCUAACGAUUUCCUAAUCUCCGGAAUGGUUUUUAUCAUUUGUUCGAUCAUUCGUCUUCCCAGAACGUCUGAUUUUAUAUCUCAUUUACUAAUCUGAUGAACAUUGGUGAUUAGUCAUGAUGGCAUAAAGGUGUCCCCUACUAAUAAUAUUUUUUCUGCUAAUAUCUGUUGAGACACAUGAUUGAAUCAAUCAAGAAGAUUUCAGGCAUGCAACGAUUUUUUUUCCUCCCAUACACCCAUUUCUUUAGCGAAAACCCGUGCGCAAUCGACUUACUACUGAACUACUACGAUUGAAGGAUUAAAUUACUGUAACCAAUAAUGGGGGAGGGGGAGGGGGAACCUAAAACUUUAAAACAGAUGUAAACUAAAGGCCUAACAAAGAUAUAGUAACCCGAGAGCUUUAGUAGAGUCACAAUAAUAUUUAUUGUAAAGUGGGCUUUUACUUUUGUCACAUCUGUGAUCGACCAUCUCUCAUUUAAACAUUUAUCAAAAAUUUGUUAUCAAUCCAAUCGAGAUGAAAGCUAGUGAAACUGAAAGAGGAAUGUUAAACCUUCAAGAAAACCACAACACUUGCCGGAUACGAUAGAAAAUGUAGGAUUUAUAGUCAAAAAUCUACAAAAAUCAAGGGGUGGGCUUUUACUUAUGCCGGUCACUGUAGCUAUUUGCCCAGUACCACCGGAGUUUUUGGUUUGCAAAGGCAAUACUUCGGGAUCGAUCAGCACAACAACCAUACAAAAUGGAGAAUGAAUCAGGAUAUUGCAAAAGGUUGAGGUUUAAGAAAGAUAAACUGAUCACCAAAACUAAAUUUUGUCCGUAUAUAUGCCACUUUACUCUAACCCGCGAAACUUGUUAUUGUGACAAUAGACCGAUAUGGUAGCAAUCAACCGGGGAGCGAUCACUGUUGACACGAUCAUCGGAAGCACAGUAUGUUACGAUCGGAACCAUGUGAAUAUGCUCAUUAGUCGCGUCAUAAGUUAAGUGUAGGGGUUUUGCGUAUUUUAAGUUUCGAGCACUGCUCGCAGGUUGUAUGUUCUUUUCUAGUCAAGGGAGGGAAACAGCCCAUAGGUGCACUCAUGUGAUAAGGGCCGCUGCCGUUUAUACAUCUAUAAAAGAUUUCAAAAUUAGUUGAAAGUAACCGAAAAGGAAAUGAAAUGAUUCCAUAGCUUUGUUGAAUUAGUGGUAUGUAUUGUUUUUUAUAUUUUUUCUAUUUGUGAAAUAUUUUUCAACAUAAAUAUCGUGCAUAUAUUUUCCAAAAAUUUCAAAGCACGUGGGGAUUAUCUCUUAUUUGGGAAAAUAUAAUUAACAAACAAAAAACACUCCAAACGCUUCCUGCUUCACUCAAUAUGAAUUAGAAGGACUCUCGCUUUGAUGCAUAACAAUAUUGGCAUUAUACUGAUAAAUAGAAUCGUGCAUAUAUUCUUGUACAACAAUUUUGGCGAGAUGGCGAACGACAACGGGGCUAGUCCUCCCGUGGAUGUGAUUGUUUUUCGCAAGUGGAUUAACAUUCUCUUGUCCGCAUGACUGAGUAGCGAGAGAAAGAGGAUGAGUGACUGGACGGCGGAUCAAUCAAAUGGCGGUCACAUAGAAGAAACAUCACCCCUAGCAAUAAGUCCUAUCAAGUUGAGGCUAGUUUGGAGUCGUUAAUGCACAGGAAGACCCCAGAUUGACGUUAAACGAACAGCAGUAACCUAACGUUGAAGCAGUAUCACCAGAAACGCAAGAUAAAAGUUACGUACGAUAUAUAAACACAGAUAUAUGAUAAAGCUAAAGAUACCAAAUGUACUCGUUCCCCGUUUCUCACGUACUCUGGACACGAUUUCGGUCAUGUGUGGCCAUAAUAAAAAAAAAAAGAAAACCCCAUGUACU